GCGAGCUGCUGGACGCCCGCCGGACUCGGACCUCUAACUCGAACCUCUAACUCGGACUUCUAACUCGGACCUUUAACCUCACGCGCUCUCCAUUCUCUUUUCUUUUGUCAUUCCCCCUUUUCUGGAGGUGUGUGUGUGAGAGAUGCCUGGACUUCUCUUCCUGGCGGCUCUGCUCUGCUGUGUCAAAGACGCCUCAGGGGACGGACCGGUGGCCAUCAGGGCGUGGGCGUGGGUCGGGGAGGCGGUCAUCCUCCCGUGCCGGAUCAGCGUCACCGGCCGCGAAGACGUCCCGUCGUUGGAGUGGUCCAAACGCAACCUGACGCCCAACGUCUGCUUCCUGUACCGGGACGGCUGCGAGACCUUCGAGGAAAAGAAUCCGGUCUUCCGCUUCCGGACCGGCCUCUUCAUGGAGGAGCUGCAGGACGGGAACGCGUCGCUGAGGCUCUCCGACGUGCGGCUGACUGACGCCGGAACAUACGAAUGCAAGAGGCUCCUCCAGGGGGCGCGGUGGCUCGUCGCCACCGUAGAGCUCUUCGUCGGUGCCGUUUCGGAGCCCAAACUCUCGGUGGUUCCCGGCGUGGCGGUGACCGUGCAGUGUGACGCCGGCUGCUGGUUCCCGUUGCCCGUGGUUACCAUUGAAGACGCUCGUGGAAACGCCGUCGCUGGCGCCGAAGAGUCGAAAAAUGUUACGGAUUCCGUGAGCGGGUGUGUCUCCGUCACGAGGAGAGCGACGGUGCAGACGGACAAGGUCGUCUGCAGAGUUCACCAGUCUGAGACGAACCGGACGAAGCUCGCGGAGAUCUACAUCCCAGGUGCCGUUUCGGAGCCCAAACUCUCGGUGGUUCCCGGCGUGGCGGUGACCGUGCAGUGUGACGCCGGCUGCUGGUCCCCGUUGCCCGUGGUUACCAUUGAAGACGCUCGUGGAAACGCCGUCGCUGGCGCCCAAGAGUCGAAAAAUGUUGAGGAUUCCGUGAGCGGGUGUGUCUCCGUCACGAGGAGAGCGACGGUGCAGACGGACAAGGUCGUCUGCAGAGUUCACCAGUCUGAGACGAACCGGACGAGGCUCGCGGAGAUCUACAUCCCAGAGGAAUGCACGACGUCCUGCAUCCCAAUGAUCCUCCUUGCUUCUUUCAUAGCAUUCCUCGUUCCAGGUCCAGGAUGUGCAUACCUGUUAUGGAAAAAAUACAAAGCUGAAGGGGAACGUAAAUCGCUUCCCACGGAAUCAUCAGACAGAAAUUCGACGAGCAGCCAUGCAGAAGGUCAAAACCCGAUAAGCCAGACUGACCCCGUCCAAAAUGUCAUCGGUGAGCUUAGGAUAGAAGUCGCUGACAAAGAUGAGACCAUCCAACGCCUACUUGAAGAACUCCGAUCCAAGCAGAGUCCUGUUGAGUGCCAGCUCGGCCAGCUGAUGUAUCCCUCUCAAGACGUCUCGAACCCCACGAACCUCACCCCGGAACCGUUGCCCCGAGACGUCGAUCCCAAACCUGGCGCCGCAACCGACGCCAUCCGGCCCAAAUCUGGCAACCUCUCCCAGAACAAAGAUUCAAAACCCAACAUCUCGAUACAAAUGCCAGCGCCCGGCCCCCCGGUUCAAAGGGGCGACGACCCUGACCAUUUGAUGCAUCGCAGUGCAGCGUCGCCCGCCGCUGUUCCGGCGCUCCCUGCCGAGGGAUGGUCUGUAAGACUCUUGAGGAGCAAGUCCGACUCUUUGUCUCGUUCAAACGCCGCCAAGGCCAAGCCUAAAAACAAACUUUCACCCUGGCCUACUAACCGCUUCAAUCCUCUGGUAGAUUUAACAGAAGAAAAAGAACGUCUACUCUUUCAGCAACUGCAGAAAGAUAAGAUUGAUUUAGGGGACGGACCGGUGGCCAUCAGGGCGUGGGUCGGGGAGGCGGUCAUCCUCCCGUGCCGGAUCAACGUCACCGGCCAUGAAGACGUCCCGUCGUUUGAGUGGUCCAAACGCAACCUGACGCCCAACAUCAGCUUCGUGUACCGGGACGGCUGCGAGACCUUCGAGGAAAAGAAUCCAGUCUUCCGCUUCCGGACCGGCCUCUUCAUGGAGGAGCUGCAGGACGGGAACGCGUCGCUGAGGCUCUCCGACGUGCGGCUGACCGACGCCGGAACAUACGAAUGCAAGAGGCUCCUCCAGGGGGCGCGGCGGCUCGUCGCCACCGUAGAGCUCUUCGUCGGUGCCGUUUCGGAGCCCAAACUCUCGGUGGUUCCCAGCAUGGCGGGGACCGUGCAGUGUGACGCCGGCUGCUGGUUCCCGUUGCCCGUGGUUACCAUUGAAGACGCUCGUGGAAACGCCAUCGCUGGCGCCGAAGAGUCGAAACAUUUUGAGGAUUCCGUGAGCGGGUGUGUCUCCGUCACGAGGAGAGCGACGGUGCAGACGGACAAGGUCGUCUGCAGAGUUCACCAGUCUGAGACGAACCGGACGAGGCUCGCGGAGAUCUACAUCCCAGAGGAAUGCAUGACGUCCUGCAUCUCAAAGAUCUUUGUUGCUUCUUUCAUAGCAUUCCUCGUUCCAAGUGCAGGAUUUGCAUUCCUGUUAUGGAAAAAAUGCAAAUCUGAAGGGGAACAUAAAUCGCUUCCCACGGAAUCAUCAGACGGAAAUUCAACGAGCAGCCAUGCAGAAGAUCAAAACCCGAUAAGCCAGACUGACCCCAUCCAAAAUGGCAUCGGUGAGCUGAAGUCUAGCCUUCGAGACAAAGUUGAGACCAUCCAACGCCUACGUGAAGAAUUCCGAUCCAAGCAGAGUCCUGUUGAGUGCCAGCUCGGCCAGCCGAUGUAUCCCUCUCAAGACGUCUCGAACCCCACGAACCUCACCCCGGAACCGUUGCCCCGAGACGUCGAUCCCAAACCUGGCGCCGCAACCGACGCCAUCCGGCCCAAAUCUGGCAACCUCUCCCAGAACAAAGAUUCAAAACCCAACAUCUCGAUACAAAUGCCAGCGCCCGGCCCCUCGGUUCAAAGAGGCGACGUCCCUGACCAUUUGAUGCAUAGCGGUGCAGCGUCGCCCGCCGCCGUUCCGGCGUCGCUCGCCGCCGUUCCGGCGUCGCCCACCGCUACUCCGGCGCUCCCUGCCGAGGGAUGGUCUGUACGCCACUCGAGGAGAAAGUACGACUCUUUGCCUCGUUCAAACGCCGCCAAGGCCAAGCCUAAAAACAACCUCUCAUGGCCGACUAACCGCUUCAGUCCUCUGGAAGAUUUAUCAGAAGAAGAAGAACGUCUACUCUCUCAGCAAAAGCAGAAAGAGUAGACGUUUGAGAUGAGUUUGAGUGGCUUUAAAACAAACCGUUGCCCACCGAUGUUUAUAAAAUGUUCGGUACCUACGAACCUUUGUCUACCGAUGUUUAUAAAAUGUUCGGUACCUACGAACCUUUUACUCCCGAUGUUUAUAAAAUGUUCGGUACCUACGAACCUUAUACUACCGAUGUCUAUAAAAUGUUCGGUACCUACGAACCUUUGUCUACCGAUGUUUAUAAAAUGUUCGGUACCUACGAACCUUUUACUACCGAUGUCUAUAAAAUGUUCGGUACCUACGAACCUUUGUCUACCGAUGUCUACAAAAUGUUCGGUACCUACGAACCUUUUACUACCGAUGUCUAUAAAAUGUUCGGUACCUACGAACCUUUUACUACCGAUGUCUAUAAAAUGUUCGGUACCUACGAACCUUUGACUACCGAUGUCUAUAAAAUGUUCGGUAGCCACGAACCUUUUACUACCGAUGUCUAUAAAAUGUUCGGUAACGACGAACCUUUGUCUACCGAUGUCUAUAAAAUAUUCGGUAGCCACGAUCCUUUGCCCAUCGACCUUUGCCACUCGUCGAGUGGUCAGGAGUUGCUGCUGACACCCUGUGAAUCAGGUUUUGUGCUUUUAACUUUUAGUAAGAUUGAUUUAGGUGAAAAAGACCAAAGCAUGUUAUCUAAACAUAAAGUCUCAGGGAUUCUGGGUUUCUUUUAUUCGGCUGAUUGCUCUGGAGUUUUAAAAAGUAUUAAUACUUAUUCAACCUGUCAACGGGCAGGAAAAUAAACAUGUUUGCAUAUACAUAUAUAUAUAUAUUUUAAGCCUUACUAAAUUGAGCUUUUAUUUGUUAAAUAACAAAUGAAAAGCUAGUGAGCCUCUAUGAAAACGUUCAAAAACUUAUCUUUUGUCAUUAUAGAAAUGUAUUUGGUUAUUCAAAUCUCAUUGAACUCCGUGAAGUUUAUUUUAAAUGACCGUUUAUUUGUCUGGCUUCUAUUUUAUUCAUUGAUUUGUUAUUUUCAAACUCACGUUUUUAGUUUUUAAAAACUUUCCUUUUUGCAUAUUUGAACAUUGAGUUACACUUGCUUUUAUAUCCUAAAUUUUGUGA